AUGAAAGUGCUGUCGCAUCCUUCAGUUGGAGCUUUCUGGACGCACUGCGGAUGGAACUCGACGUUGGAGAGCGUAUGUGAAGGGGUGCCGAUGAUUUGCAGCCCGUGCUUUACGGACCAAUUGGUGAAUGCACAGUACGUGGGCCACGUUUGGCAGGUCGGUUUGUGUUUGGAAAGCGGGUUUAGACAGGAAGAGAUUGAGAUGGCUAUUGAAAGGAUAUUGGGGAAUGGAGAAGAAAGGGGAGAGAUUAGAGGGAAGGCUUUACAUUUGAAAGAGAAGUCUGAUCUUUGUGUUGAGCCGGGGGGAUCUUCGUACGAGUCCUUGCAGAGCUUGGUCGAGUACUUGUCGUCGCUGUUGUAA